AUGUCUUUUGUUUCCACGAUCCGUGAUACCCUUUACGGGGUUACCUCUUGCUGCUUUCCAAAUCCCACUCUGUGCAUUAAUCAACAUACCUUCAAGGUGAUAGAGUUACUCGGAGAAGGAGGUUUUUCGUUCGUAUAUCUGGUAAAAGAAGUUCGCACAGGUCAGCAUUUUGCGCUAAAGAAAAUCCGAUGUCCUUCUGAGAGUGGAGCUGUGAAAGAUGCAAUGAGAGAAGUGGAGAUGUACAAGUUGUUUCAACAUGAGAAUAUAAUCAAAGUUAUUGUAGUUAUACAUGUUGGGGAUAGAAAGAGUAUAUGGGAGCAUAAAGCUUUCGAUGGGCAAGUUCAUAUUCGUCGCUACUUUAUCAAAUGGGAUACAUGUGUCGUCCAAGAUAAAGAUAGCGGGAAAGUAGUAUACAUUUUUUUGCCAUAUUAUAAGCGCGGUAACUUGCAAGAUGCCAUCAACGAAAAGUUAGUAAAUCAAAGCCAUUUUGAAGAAAAAUACAUGUUAAAACUAUUUCGUCAGAUUUGCGACGCUGUGCGUGCUCUUCACACCUAUCAAUUGCCAUCAGUCCCCAUCCGUUCAAAUAAUGCAGAAAAUAAUAAUGAUGAACAACCACAAGACAGCAGGACUGUUGUUCCCUUUGCGCAUCGUGAUAUUAAACCCGGCAAUGUGUUAAUAUCGGACGAUGGAGAAACAGCGAUACUAAUGGACUUUGGAUCAUUAGUUCGUGCACGUAUAAAGGUUCAAAAUCGUGCCCAAGCCUUGUCACAUCAAGACCUGGCUGCAACUAAUUCCACAAUGCCUUAUAGGGCCCCAGAAUUAUUUGAUGUUCCGACAAAUACUGAGCUCACCGAGAAAGUUGAUAUAUGGUCGUUGGGAUGUACACUUUAUGCUAUGGCAUAUGGAAAAUCGCCAUUUGAGACAAGUACUGAACAAGGUGGUUCGAUAAAACUAGCGGUGCUCAAUAAGCAAUUCCGGUUUCCAACACACGAAUUAUACUCUGCACAGCUUCGGGAUCUCAUUUCUUUUAUGUUAGUUGUCGAUUCUAAAGAACGUCCUGAUAUUCAUCAGGUGAUUGCAGAAGUAGACAAAAUAUUAGAAGCGAGCGAAUCCACGGAGGAAGUCACCUCUUUACAUGCAAUCAUUGGUGACUUGUGUCCGGAAUUGGGCAUCAAUUAUGCGAUGCCAUUAUUGAAUAGCCAAUUUAAGCUUGAUGUGUCAUGGUCAUUGAGGAUCUGA